UCGGGAUCCUCGUAGAAUCGAGCGUGGAACUCUCAGUUUUUCGUGAAUCAGUGCCAUAUAGAACGAGUGGACUACCAUUUUCCGCUUUCGAGUCGAAGAUAAAAACUGGUCACAUGGCGAUCGCUUCUGAAAAUUCAGUACCUACCAUCAUACGCAACUUCAUGAUACUUUUCUGCUUCAUCGGUUGUGCAGCUGGUUCUUGCCUGAGCUAUGGACAUUCAUGUUGGGGAGCACAUGGUAAACGAAGUGGAGGCCAUAACAACGGAUACGUGUUACCCUUAAAAGGAAUGAACGACAUGCAACAAGGAGUACCGUUACUUACGAAAGAGCAUUUAAUAUCACGUUUAAUUGGUCGGCCAUUGAUGUCUAAUAAAUACAAAGGAAGAUGGGACAGGCUUUUUAAAGUGAAGUUGAAUUAUCCAGAACAUUUGAACGACGAUGAUGUCAAUACUCGUAUUACUAAUGAACUUAUUGGAGAUCAAAACAACGAGGACAUCGACGGUGGCAAAACGAAACACGACGUGCAGGACAUGAUAGAAAAUCUGAACAACGAGAAAAACGAAAUACCGAAAAUUGUACUGAUGCUAAGGAACGAGGAGGAUGAACAAGGCAGCAAACCACAGAACCUUGAUUUCUUUAAAUUUUUGAGCGACGCGAACGGUAAUUUCGAAUAACAAAGUUUAAGAUUAUGUCGACGCAUUAUUGAAAUAGAAAUUGUCACGAAACUUAUUGUAACGAGGCUAAUAAGAUUAUUAAUUUCAAUUAAUUUAUUAGCGAUUGUGUUUCGCGAAUAAAAAUCUAUGAACA